UUGUGAAUCACUUUGCAUUCAUCGUUUCGGCUUCCGUCGGCAUUUUUGGAUAAAAUUCGUGUAGACGGACCAGAGUCCGCGAAUUUUAUCGGUUUUUACGGUAGUGCUUUCACUUUACUUGUUUUUGCACAAAUAAAUCCUUCGUGGUGAGUCGCCGAAAUAAGUUAGCACCCGUUCUUUGGAUUCCCCAAGGGUGUGCGUUACCGUAGCUAAAGUCCGGUCCUUGGUUUGCGUGAUUCACCAACUCGUUGGAAGAAAUAAUCGUACUACUGAACGCAGGACGUCAUGACCGAGAGACACACGUUUGGGGGAACCGUUAGCCCGAUCACUUGCCAUGCCUGGAACAAGGAUCGGACGCAAAUUGCCAUCUCACCGAACAACCACGAGGUGCAUAUCUACAAACGCGACGGCGCCGAAUGGAAACUAUGGACGGUGCUGAAUCAGCACGAUCUGCGUGUUAUGGGUAUCGAUUGGGCACCGAAUACGAAUCGCAUCGUGACCUGUGCCGUAGAUCGGAACGCAUACGUCUGGACGCAGGGUGACGAUGGCAAAUGGAAGCCGACCCUUGUAUUGUUGCGCAUCAACCGUGCAGCCACCUGCGUGCGCUGGUCGCCGCUGGAGAACAAGUUUGCGGUCGGUUCCGGAGCCCGGCUGAUCUCGGUGUGCUACUUCGAGUCCGAGAACGAUUGGUGGGUUUCGAAGCACAUCAAAAAACCGAUCCGCUCGACGGUUACCUCGCUAGACUGGCAUCCAAACAACGUGCUGCUUGUGGCCGGCUCCACUGACUACAAGGUACGCGUGUUCUCGGCAUUUAUCAAGGACAUCGAGCAGCACCCGGAACCGACCGCAUGGGGACCGAAGAAGCCGCUCGGUCAGAUUCUGGCUGAGUUUAAGAACUCGAGCAGCGGUGGCGGCUGGGUGCACAGUGUGAGUUUUUCCGCCGAUGGCAAUCGGAUUUGCUGGGUCGGACACGACAGCGCCAUCAACGUCGCUACUGCCAACGGUGGCGGGGCCGUGGUGAAACAGAAAACCGAAUUUCUCCCGUUUCUGUGCUGUGAAUGGAUUUCGCCCCAAUCGAUACUUGUGGCGGGCCACAGCUGCGUCCCGUUGAUCUAUACCGUGAGCGACGCAAAGAUUGUGCUAGCUGCCAAACUGGACCAGUCGACAAAGAAGGAACAGGGCGGUAUCUCAGCGAUGCGUAUCUUCCAAUCACUGGAUCGUAACCUGCGCACGGAAAACUCUGACACCAGUCUGGAAUCGAUUCACCAGAACGCCAUCAGCUGCGUUUGCCUGUACAGUGGCGAGAAGGGAAACGUACAGAAGAUCAGCACGUCGGGACUGGAUGGUCAGUUGGUCAUUUGGGACAUCGACACGCUGACCAGAUCCAUGCAGGGAUUGAAGCUUUAAAAAGAUAGCUCUCCACUCCCUUCCGGGGUCUUGCGAGGGUUCUACUUUACUCUGCCCGGGAACGUGGACUGCACGCAUUUGAUUCUAUUUCUCACGCAAUAGUCUGCGCGCGCGCAAUGUUAUUGGAAAUAAACAAUUCAU